AUGGGCGAGACACAGGACGGAGCUGUGCUCUCGCUGCACUCGAAGCAGACGCUUUUGUCGCUGCUGCGAACCGUUAUCCUGAUUCUGAUCGUGGGAGCGGCUGUCUCCUCGCGACUCUUUGCCGUGGUGCGGUACGAGUCGAUCAUUCACGAAUUCGACCCCUGGUUCAACUACCGGGCGACCAAGGUCCUGACCAAGGACGGCUACUACCGCUUCUGGAACUGGUUCGACCCUACUGCAUGGUACCCUCUGGGCCGUGCGGCGGGUGGUACCGUCUUCCCCGGCCUGAUGGUCACGAGCGGGACGCUGUACAACAUCCUGCACUUUUUCAACAUUCCGGUCAACAUCCGCGACAUUUGUGUGAUGCUUGCGCCGCUCUUUAGUGGGUUCACGGCGCUCGCUGCGUACGCGUUCACGGCGACGAUGAAGGACGAGUCGGCGGGCCUCCUCGCGGCGCUCUUUGUCGGCAUCGCCCCGGGCUACAUCUCGCGCUCGGUCGCGGGCUCGUACGACAACGAGGCGAUCGCCAUCUUCCUCCUGCUCUUUACGUUCUAUCUGUGGAUCCGUGCGGUAAAGGACGGCAGCGUGCUCUACGGUGUGCUCACGGCCCUCUUUUACUUCUACAUGGUCGCCGCCUGGGGCGGCUACGUCUUUAUCACGAACAUGAUCCCGCUGCACGCGUUUGUGCUGGUGCUGAUGGGGCGCUUUAGCGGGCGCCUGUAUGCCGCCUACUCGUCGUUCUACACGAUCGGCACGCUGGCGAGUAUGCAGAUUCCGUUUGUCGGCUUCCAGCCGGUGCGUACUUCGGAGCACAUGGCGGCGCUCGGCGUGUUUGGCCUGCUGCAGCUCAUCGCGCUCACGGAGCUCGUGCGCUCGUACGUCAGCUCGAACCAGUUCAAGAUGCUCGUGCGCUCGUUUGUCGCGAUCGUGGCCCUCCUCUCGUUUGGCGCGCUCGUCGCGCUGACCUACGGCGGCUACAUUGCGCCGUGGACCGGCCGCUUCUACUCGCUGUGGGACACGGGCUACGCAAAGAAGCACAUUCCGAUCAUUGCUUCCGUGUCGGAGCACCAGCCGCCGGCGUGGCCCGCGUACUUUAUGGACCUGCACUGCCUCAUCUUCCUCUUCCCGGUCGGGAUCUUUUUCCUGUUCAAGGAGCUGCGUGACGAGCACGUAUUUGUGAUUAUUUACGCGGUGAUGGCGUCCUACUUCUCGGGCGUCAUGGUGCGUCUCAUGCUCACGCUCACGCCGUGCGUGUGUGUCGCUGCGGCGAUUGCAGGCAGCACCAUCUUCGACACGUACGUCUCCGAGAGCCCGAGCGAGGCGGCGCCUGCGCCGACGCCCUCGAAGAAGAAGAGCAAGAGCAAGAGCCAAGAGGCCGAGAAGGAGGCGACGCCGCCGCCCCGUGUACCGCGGAUCCGCAGCGUCCCUGCGCGGAUCCUCGUCGUGGCCUCGAUGCUGAUCAUGUUUUUGAUGUUUGUGAUGCACUGCACGCACACUACGUCCUCGGCGUACUCGUCGCCGUCGGUCGUGCUCGCGUCGCAGCGCCCGGACGGCUCGAUUUCGCUCAUUGACGACUUCCGCGAGGCCUACUUCUGGCUGCACGAAAACACCAAGCAGGACGCCAAGGUGAUGAGCUGGUGGGACUAUGGCUACCAGAUCGCCGGCUUUGCCGACCGCCCGACGCUGGUCGACAACAACACCUGGAACAACACCCACAUUGCCACGGUCGGCCGCGCGAUGGCGACGACCGAGGAGAAGGCGUACCCGAUCCUGCGCAAGCACGACGUCGACUACAUCCUCAUUGUCUUUGGCGGCCUCAUCGGCUACUCGGGCGAUGAUUUGAACAAGUUCCUGUGGAUGAUCCGCAUCUCGCAGGGCAUCUGGCCGGAAGAGAUCAACGAGGGCAAGUUCUUCACCGCGCGGGGCGAGUACCGCGUGGACGACGAGGCAACGCCGACCAUGCGCGAAAGCCUGAUGUACAAGAUGAGCUACUACCGCUUCAACGAGAUCUUUGGCGGUGGCCCGGGGAUGGACCGCGUGCGUGGCUCGCACGGCCCAUCCACCUCGCCCCAGCUCGAUACGCUCGACGAGGUGUUCACAUCCCAGAACUGGCUCGUGCGUAUAUACCAGGUGAAGAAGGAGGAUGCGCUCGCUCGCGACCUGCCGCGCGCCCGUGCUUUCGAGCAGGGCAAGCGCCAGAAGCAGGCCGAGUUCGAUACAAAGGGCAGCGUGGUGCGCUAG